CCGGACACCGGCCCGGGAAGGCUCCGCCACGCUGCUCGGCUCGCAGGUUGCGAUGGCUCGGAAGCCGCCCAGGAGCAGAGGGUGUCCGAGGAAGAGUGAAAGGCCGUGUCAGGGCCUGUUGAUGUUUGAGGAUGUGGCCAUCCACUUCUGCCGGGAGGAGUGGGAGCUCCUUAAUGUGACCCAGAGGAACCUUUAUCGUGAGGUGAUGCUGGAGAAUUUUACACUCAUUAGCUCCUUGGGUUGUGAGUGUAGAGAUAAGGAAGCUCCCCGCAAGCAAGCAUCCGAGAAGCCCUGUAUAUGUAGACAAACUGGAAAGGACAACCCAGCCACCAGAGGCCUCCUCCAGCACCAGAGCUCCCCCAGCAAGGACAAAUUGUGCAAGAGCAAUGAGCACAAAGAAGCCUUCCCACCCAGCUCCACUCCUGGGCAGCAGCGGGUAGUCCACAGCACACAGAAGCCCUUCAGUUGCAGUGACUGUGGGGCAAGUUUCCAGGAGGCCUUCGCCCUCCUAACUCAUUUGAUAACUCACACUGAAGAGAGAUCUCUAAGAUGCCCAACAGGUAGAAAUGGUCCCAACGAGAACUCAGUCCAUGUUAGUCGCCAAAAAACUCACCUUGCAAAAAGAACCCAUGUUUGUAAUGAGUGUGGGCGGGCCUUCAGCUACCCUUCUAAACUGAGGAAGCACCAGAAGGUUCACACAGGCAUAAAACCUUUCGAGUGCAGCGAAUGUGGGAAAACCUUCAACCGCAAAGAUGCACUUGGUCUGCACCAGAGGACUCACACGGGAGAAAGGCCUUACAAGUGCAACAUAUGUGGGAAGGCCUUCAGUGCUGUGUCCACCCUCAUUCGGCACCGGAAAGUCCACAUUGAAGAGCGGGGCUAUGAGUGCAGGGAAUGUGGAAAGUGCUUUAAAGACAACAGCAGCUUCAUUCUCCACCAGAGAGUACACACUGGAAUAAGGCCUUUUCACUGCAAGCAAUGUGGGAAAACCUAUGUGGCUCACUCGAGUCUGUAUCGGCACUUGAAAGGCCACACUGGUGAGCGGCCCUAUAAGUGUAGCCUGUGUGGAGAAACCUUCACCACCAGGUCCUACUGGGACCAGCACCAGCAGUUCCACACUGAUGAGAGGUCCUACAAAUGCACAGAAUGUGAGAAAGCCUUCAAACACAGUUCUAAUCUUGUUCGGCACAAGAGAGUCCAUACUGGAAAAAGGCCUUAAGAGGACUGGGCCUGUGACAGCGCCUUUAGCCACUAGGAUCCUGUUGAUCAUGAGACAUCUCAUUCCAGAAACAAGAUGGGAGAGAGUAGCCUUUGGAAAGUGCCAACUGAAGGAAGCCAACCUUAUACAUUCCAGCACCCCUACGGCACUCCCCAUGUGUGCCAGGUAUGCGGGGAGAUCAUAUGAGCCACUGUGCACUCUCCAGGGCUAUUAUCACCCAAGCCACCCCAUUUCUGCUACCUGGCAGGUCUCCACUGUGUAUAUUGGUCACCCCAAUCUGUUAAGGGAGGGUGAUCUCAUCUCCCUGGCCAAAUAGAAGGCGAUCAUGAACGGUGGAGUCCAACUUACUAGGUUGUCCCCCUCUCGACUAGUUAGACAUGGCAUUACUUAGCUGUAGCUACAUGGAGCUGAGUGGGGUGGUCUCUGUGUUGGGGGAGGGGUGUGCUUCAGAAAUUACUGACUCUUUGUGGAUAGUGUUGUCACUACACAUGAUGCUUGUCAUGCCUGGGCAGACUUUCAUGUUACUUGGGAAUAGGUGACCUAAUAAAGUACUAUUUGUGCUGCUUC